UAACAUUUGCAGCAUCAAUGUGUACGUGAUCGAACAGUCUGGAACAUCUUGUUUUGAGCGUUAAUACUAAUAGUACUCGUUUCGUACAUAUACAACAGUUUCCACGAAAGAACAAAACUGUUAAUACUAUGCCACAUAAAAAAACAAAGAAUUUUAAAAAACUAUGUAUCAAUACAGAGCGUUACGGUUUAACAGCAUUUUUACCUGCUGGUUCUAUAAAAAACCUCGAAGUUGGAGAUAUUAUUGAAAUAGAUCGGAUUGUGUAUGCUCACUGGGCCAUGUAUGUUGGUGAUGGAUCAGUUGUUCAUGUUUGUGGUCCUAACAAUGAAGACUUCGUCUCCAACGAUCAUGCAAUUGUGAAAAUAACUAGGUUAGAGCAAGUAGCAGGCUUUAAUGGUGUCAGAAUCAACAAUAAGAUAGUCCCAGCCAAAGAUCGCGGUUUAAAAUGUUUGCUACCAAACCAAGUUGUCAAGAGAGCUACCGAGUACCUCAACAAGGAAGUUCCAUAUGAUUUUUUGUCAAAGAAUUGUGAACAUUAUGUUACUGAGUGGAAAUAUGGAAUAGGAUGGAGUGACCAGGCAUCUGUUAUCAUCAACGUAAUGAAAAGUUUGAGCAGAGAUUAUGGUGCUCACCAGAACCAUUUAAUGAAUAGCCUAACUACGUUGUUGAAUUCUCCACCAGUAUCUUCGUUGAAAUUGUCAACAAGUCCGUCGGUAAAAGAAGAUUCGAUGAUUCCAGAAUUCUCCAAGAAACUCAAUAAGCUCUGGUCAUUAAAUAGUAGUCGGCAAUAGUAAAACGUUGUUGGAUUCAACCUUUCUCGUUCUUCCUGCUGAUGCCCCUUGUAGCAGACAUUAAGCUUUAUUACUAUGAAUACAUUACGAUGACAAACAAUUGAUUUCUCGGCACGUUCGUGGAUAUAACUUCACUUUAAAAUGGUGUUUGAAAGCUUCUCCCGACAGAUCUUAUGAAGUUUACGUAGCUGCUUUUGUCAAACUUAUAGGAGUUACACAAGCAAAGUUUUUAUAUUAUUAUUUGGUAUCGCUAUUGUUGCUAUUCAAACUGUUUAUUGAUUGUACUAACGAAUUAAAUGACAUUUGAUUAGUAUUUGUACUCAAACCUGGCAUUUCCUGUAAUCAAUAUCACAGGAAUGCAACAUUUGAUAUUAAUUUAUUAUAUGUGAAGUCAUAUAAGGGAGAUAACAUGCUAAUGGAAAAUCGUGACGAAGAGAGAGCUUUCUUACGUUCGUAAAGAUUGUUCAUAAAGUAGUCAGACUGGUACAAAGCAACUUGUCAACCCUCCAUUUAAUUACAGUGAAUAUUCAUGUAAUCAAAUAUUUGUAAAUAAGACGUGUAAAUAUAUUGUAAUGUGUUUACUAUUAGCGUUAAGAACAAAUUUGUGGUGCCAAAUAAAAAAUCGUUCUCCCUUUCUC